AUGCGUUCUGGAGACUUGCUUGUGGAAGUUGCUUCUAAGAAACAAGCCCAACAAAUCAUCAAGUUAAAAGCACUAGCAACAAUUCCUAUCACUGUUCAACCCCAUGUGUCUUUAAAUUACUCUAAAGGUGUAAUUACCUGUGGGGAAUUGUUUAACGUACCGCUAGAGGAAAUAACACAUGAAUUACGGAGUCAAGGAGUAACGCAUGUACGCCGCAUAACUAUCCGGCGGGAUGGACAACUCCUUGAUACCAAGCAUCUUAUUUUAACUUUUCACUCUCCUAAAUUGCCGGAGUUUAUCUACGCUGGGUACAUUAAAUUACCAGUUAGGCACUAUAUUCCAAAUCCACUCAGGUGUUUUCAGUGUCAACGUUUCGGCCACUCGAAAGCUAACUGCCGCGGGACUGUCACAUGCGCCCGCUGUGCUGAGAAAGGCCACGAGAGCCAGCAGUGUACCGCACAGGAAAAGUGCGUGAACUGCGAUGGCGCACACUCAUCCUUUUCGAGAGAAUGCAAAAGGUGGGUUCUGGAGAAACAGAUCACUGAACUAAAAGUAAAAGAAGGCAUUCCGUAUCCCGAAGCAAGACGAAAGAUCUUAGUUCAAACGCCAACUCAAAGCUUAAGUUAUGCCGCAGCUUUGCAAAAACCCUUCUGUACGAACUGUUCGUGUUCAAAUUGCGUUAAACAUAAAACGCAAAUGAAACCCCAAGACAAACCAUUAGAUUCAGACACUGAACAAUCUACAGCUAGUGCUCCUGAAACUUCAAAACCAGAAACAAAUAAACAAAAGACUAAAUCAAAUAAAACUCUGAAAUUGAAGCUUGCAAAACGUGGUCUUACAACAAAAGAUCUCCCUGUGAAAUUGAAAAAAUCGGCAUCCAAAAACUCCGUUGCUUUAGGGCUAGCGAAGAAGGGAAUUGUCCAUAAGGAUCUGGCGUCCAUCUUUGGUGGCGCUAGCCAUAGCCCAGAUAUUAAAUUGCAUCCUUCAGAGGAUGAAUCGGAGCUGGAAAUGAGUUGCGAAGACCUGGCAACUCCAACAACUGCAUCAGUUCAUUCCCCUUCAAAAAAAAUCAAUUAA